AAAGGGGAGAGAGCUUUCUCUCCUUUUCUCCGCCAUCGUGGUGGCGGACUGACUUGUCUUCGCCAUGUCUUCCCACAAGACUUUUAGAAUCAAGCGCUUCCUGGCUAAGAAGCAAAAGCAGAACCGUCCUAUUCCUCAGUGGAUUCGGAUGAAAACUGGUAAUAAGAUCAGGUACAACUCCAAGAGGAGACACUGGAGAAGAACAAAGCUGGGUCUAUAAGGAUUCCUCUCUAAGAUGCACACAUGUUUAUGCUGGGAUAGACUGCUAGGAUUUUGAGCGGAGCUCUGUCUUGCACACUUGAUUAGGACCCCACUCAGCCUUGUAUCUCUUCCUGUACCUGACUCAGUAAUAAUAAAUAUGUGAGCUAUUUGAAAAAAAAAAAGAAGAAAAAGAAAAGG